CUGGGCCAGGAGCGGAGCUGGGCAGGGCCCGGCCCCGUGCCCGCCCCGCUCCCGCCCCUCGCCGGCGGGCGCAGGCGUGCAGCGGAGCCGCGCUCUCGCGAGGCGCUCGGGGCCGCGGCGGGGCGCGGGCCGGGCGAGAAAUUUGAUCUUAAAAGGCCCGUUGUGCAGAGGCCAUGGGCUUGUCCGCAUCCUCCCCCGCUGCCACAGAGCAGUCACCAAAUGCAUCCAGGCAAUACCAGACGGCGUCUCCACCUUCAGAAUGCCCCAUGCAUCAAGAAAAAAUGAGCGGUUGUCCAAUGCACAUGAAGACUGCUGAUCACAGAACUGAGAACACAGAUGAUGUUCCUGCACAUCAGGAAAGAGCUUAUGAGUUUGUAGCAUGUCCUGUGAAAUCUGGUGCAGCUCAAAUGAACGAUGACAUAGAUCCCAGCAAUAUGAUGCCUCCUCCCAAUCAGCAGCCAUCUCCAGGUCAGCCAUUUCCAUUGUCAACUGUUAGAGAAGAAUCUUCCAUUCCUAGAGCACAUUCUGACAAGAAAUGGGUCUAUCCUUCAGAGCAGAUGUUCUGGAAUGCUAUGCUAAGAAAAGGGUGGAGGUGGAAAGAUGAUGACAUAACAAGUGAAGACAUGACCAACAUUAUUAAGAUUCAUAAUCAAAAUAAUGAGCAAGCUUGGAAGGAGAUUUUGAAGUGGGAAGCUCUGCAUGCUAUGGAAUGUCCAUGUGGGCCAUCACUGAUGCGGUUUGGAGGCAAAGCAAAGGAGUACUCGCCAAGAGCCAGGAUACGUUCUUGGAUGGGGUACGAGCUGCCCUUUGAUCGGCACGACUGGAUCGUUGACCGCUGUGGGAAGGAGGUGCGCUACGUUAUCGAUUACUACGACGGCGGAGCGGUGGACAAGAACUACCAGUUCACCAUCCUGGACGUGCGCCCUGCGCUGGACUCGCUCUCGGCCGUCUGGGACAGAGUGAAGGUGGCCUGGUGGCGCUGGACGUCCUGACUGCUCCUGGGGUGUGUACUCGCAAAGUGACCGCUUUGCUCCUAGACAAUGGACGUGUGAAUAUCAGGACUUGAGACAGAAGUUUGCUGCAGCUGUCGUUGCUUUCAUCAUCACCACUCUUCUUUGGGGGUGGGAAGGGAGGACAGGGAAAUCUUUCCUUAAGUACACCAGUGCUUUAUGGUGUUUCAAAUGGAAUAAUAAAGUUACAGUGGUAAAAACAUGUAUCUUAAUUUUCUUAAGAACUGGGAAGCCUUUCUUACUUUGUCUCAGAUUCUGCAUAAUUUCGCCUUCUUGCCAUUUCAUUACUUCAGUGCUGCUCUAAAUGCAUUGCAAUGUUGUUUCUGACUGGAGUUUUGAGUAUUACUUCAUUAUUGAAAACUGGAAAUUUCAUAACUUAUUUCACAUAUUUAAAGUAUUUGGAUACCUCCGUGAUGAAUAAAGGGUAAAAGAUCUGGA